AUGGAGGUUGCUAGGGAGACCGAUCUGGAACCUCCGGCUAUCACGGCGAUGCAUUGUGCUGCGGCGUCAGAUUUCGUGGCGCAGCGAUUCUCGCAGCAUUUCGCACAGCAUUUCGCGGAGCAAUUUGCGCAGCAGCAAUUCGCGCGGCAUUUCGCGGAGCAGCAGUCGGCGAGGGAUGAGGAGAACCGGCUCCUCCGCUCCUGCGGUGACGAUAGCAGGCUGGCUGAUGAGCGGCGGCAAGAGCAGCAGCAGCGGCAGCAGCAGCAACAACAUCAGCAACAGCUGCUGCUACUGCUGCAGACCCAGCACAGACAGCAGGCCUUAGUGGCGAGUCAAUGCGAAGGGCCUUGGAGGGUAAACAGCUUGGGCGGUGCGAGUUGGCCGGAGGCUGGUGCGCGGCAGAACACAAUUGGGGGUGUGCGACAGGAAGAGCACGGCAGAGAGAAGCAGACGUCAUUGGAGAAGGUGAUUCUGCACUCUGUGCCGUGGUUCCAGGCGGAGCAGCAAUGGGAGGCGGAGCAUCAUGCAGUUGACAUGAAUGGUACAAGUAGGAAGAGGCUGUGCAGAGAGGAGGAGAAGCUGUCGGCGCUGCUGCUGGCGUCCCACCAGGCCGUGAUGCAGCAGCAGAGAGAGCAACUCGAGCUGCAGCAGAGGCAGAAGCUGGUGCUGGAUCAAAGCCGAGAGCUGGCAUGCUCGCUCGCCUCUCAACCAGAGCCGUGCACUGUUGCAGAUCACAUAGCGCGCGAACGAGGCCCAGCUUGGGUGCCGGCGAGCAUACCAAGCGCUCUUCGUCGAGCCGCCGAGUUCCUGCCCAACCAGGACUCAACCGCCGCAAACAAAAUGUCGUCCGCUCCGCCUACCGGCGGCAGCGGCAGCGGCGGCGGCGGUGGCGGCGGCGAUCGCGGUGUGCAGCCGAUGAGCCUGAAGGAGGUUCAGGAGCGAAUCGACCAGCUCUACGGUGACCGGAGCGCGAAGAACCUUCGCGAAGGCAUCCGAAAAGGCUUUAUUUCCGUCGGAAAGGGUGUCUUCGCCGGCGUCGGCGCGCUCGUCGCGGCGCCUAUCGCGGGCGCUGCGCAGGAGGGCGGGAUCGGGCUGGUUAAAGGGACCGUGGCGGGGGUGGCUAGUCUCGUCGUGUUGCCUACUAUAGGAAUAGUACAAGGCGCGCAGCAGUUAGGACAGGGGAUUAAGAACAUGCCGGACGCGGUUCGGGAGAUGAUGAAGAAGGAUAAGUGCGAGGAGGAGGCGGAAAAAGGGGAGAUUCUGGAAGAUCCAGACGUGGAUAAGCUUAACGAACAGACGUAUUCGCACACGCGCGAAACUGUCGAGAAAAUCGCGCUCGAAACGGAAACAGAGGAGGCGACCGCCACGUCAGCGGCGAAGGCUGCUGCCGACGAAGCAGCCGCCACGACAGCCGCGGAAGCGGCGGCCGCGGCGGAGAAGAAGGGGGAGAAGAGGGAGGUUAAGGACGAGGCGCUGUACCUGGUUCUGGAGGUCGCGACGGACGCGUCGUCCGUGGAGAUUAAAAAGGCGUACUACAAGCACAAACCCUCCCACACUCCCUUCCCACCCAAACCCUCUCCUCAACCUCCUGCCUCCUCACUUAUACCGUGUCUGCAGCUAGUGCGUGCAUGCCAUCCCUCCCUUAACCUCUCUUCCUUCCCCGCCUUUCCACGCACGGUUCCACCACUAUCUCGUCCCCUUUUCCUCUAUCCCCUCUCUGCAGCUAGCGCGCACCUAGCGCGCACGUGCCAUCCCGACAAGAACCCGGGGGAUGAAACCGCCAAGGCCAAGUUCCAAGCUGUCGGUGAAGCCUACCAAGUCCUCAUGGACCCCGCCAAGCGCGAGCAGUACGACCGCUUCGGCCGCGCCGCGCUCGAAGACACCUUCAUGGACCCCGGGUCCUUCUUCACCAUGGCCUUCGGUGCAGAGCGGUUCAAACCGCUUGUAGGGGAGUUGACUGUGGCGUACACAGCGGCGGGGAAUCUGACGGUGGAGGAGGUGAAGCGGUGGCAGGCGCGGCGUGAGAGGGAGCUCGCGGACGGGCUGCUGAAGCGGCUGGGGCUGUGGUUGAAGGGGGAUGAAGAGGGGUUUGUAAGGGAGGCUGUGAAGCAGGUGGAUGAGCUCAAAGGGGAGGCGUUUGGUGUAGCGUUCCUGCACUGUAUCGGGUACACGUACUACUCACGAGCGCAGGUGCUGCUAGGGCUUACAGAGUUGCUGGGCAUUCCCGGCUUUGUGAACGCAGUGAAGGAAUCGGGGCACACCAUGAAGACCCGGUACAAUGCAGUUGAUGCGGCACUUAAGCUAUCAGAGAUGAAGGUCAACAUGGACCCUCAGAAGCCUGCUAGCGAGCAGCCCAACAUGCCCGAGUUCCUCAACUCCGUCUGGAUGAUAAGCGUGCUGGACAUAGAGAGUACACUGCGGCACGUGGUGGAGCUUGUAGUGAAAGACAAGACAGCUUCUAAGGAGGAAAGAAAGAAGAGGGCCAGCGGCAUCAUGCGACUGGGGAAGAUUUUCCAAGGGGUGUGA